ACCCCUUCGCCUAGCAAUAGGAGGAGGGAGCCGGUCUCGAUCAAAUCCAAGUAUGAAGGCUGUCGGCGAGUUCGGGGAGCUCAAACCGCUCCUCCUCAGGAUCUCCGCCGUCGCCGCCGCCUGCUUGGCCGCCUUCUUCUUCGGCAAGCACUGGUCUUCCGCCUCCUACCCCCAGCUCCCCUUCUACCCCCGCUUCCCCGUCGUGUCCUCCUUCGACAGCGCCACGCCCUACGUCGCCAUCUCCCCCAACGCUCACUUCUCCGUAGACGUCUCCUCCCUGAUCUCCUCCUUAUCGCCUCCUCUCCAUGCAGCCUCUCCGGCCAUCCCUUCCCACCCUCCGCCCCCACCCCCGCCUCCUCCGCAACUCCCAGAAAGAAUCGGGGUCGUAGACGACGAAGGGAACAUGAGAGACGAUUUCGAUGUGGGCGCGCUGGACUCAGAAGUGGUGGAUGUCUUCGACGAGGUGAAUGGGACUAGCAAGGAUAGCGAAGGGGAGGACACGAGGGUUAGGGUUGGGAUCAACAAGUUUAAAGUGUGCCCCAGUAGCAUGUCGGAGUAUAUUCCGUGCUUGGAUAACGCGGAGGCAAUAGAGAGGUUGCAGUCUACGAUAAGAGGGGAAAAAUUCGAGCGGCAUUGUCCUGAGCAGAGCAAGGGGUUGAAUUGCUUGGUUCAGGCGCCCAAGGAUUACAAAACGCCGAUCCCUUGGCCCAGAAGCAGAGAUGAGGUAUGGUUUAGCAAUGUACCUCACACACGCUUGGUUGAAGAUAAAGGAGGUCAAAAUUGGAUUACAAAAGUUAAAGACAAAUUCAAAUUUCCUGGAGGUGGAACUCAGUUUAUUCAUGGGGCAGAUCAGUAUUUGAAUCAGAUCUCUAAGAUGGUUCCAGAUAUUGCAUUUGGUUACCAUACAAGAGUAGCUCUUGAUAUUGGUUGUGGAGUAGCAAGUUUUGGUGCUUUCUUACUCUCCCGAAAUGUGAUCACCUUGUCAAUAGCUCCAAAAGAUGUUCAUGAGAAUCAGAUUCAGUUUGCUCUUGAACGGGGUGUGCCAGCAAUGGUGGCAGCUUUUGCAACUCGUCGAUUGUUAUAUCCAAGUCAGGCAUUUGACUUAAUUCAUUGUUCAAGAUGUAGAAUAAAUUGGACCCGUGAUGAUGGAAUCCUGCUUCUUGAGGUCAACAGAAUGCUAAGAGCUGGAGGUUACUUUGUUUGGGCAGCACAACCAGUUUAUAAACAUGAAGCGAGCCAACAGAAGGCUUGGCUAGAGAUGCAGGACCUUGCAGCUAGGAUUUGUUGGGAACUUGUAAAGAAGGAAGGAUAUAUUGCAAUAUGGCGAAAGCCUUUAAGCAAUAUAUGCUAUGAGAGUCGUGAUUCUGGAGCUCAACCUCCAUUAUGUAAUGCAGAUGAUGAUCCAGACAACGUUUGGUAUGUGAACAUGACGGCAUGCAUAAGCAGACUUCCUGAGAUUGGAUAUGGAGCAAAUGUUUCAACGUGGCCUGCCCGUCUGCAGGAGCCACCACAAAGACUUCAAGCUGUUGUGAUGGAUGCUUAUAUAGCAAAAAAUGAGCUCUUUAUGGCGGAAUCGAGAUAUUGGGAUGACAUACUUGCAAGCUAUGUUCGUGCUUUUCAUUGGAAAAAAAUGAAGCUGCGGAAUGUAAUGGAUAUGAGGGCUGGAUUUGGAGGGUUUGGUUCUGCAUUUAUCAACCAUCAAAUCGAUUGCUGGGUGAUGAAUGUUGUCCCUAAUAGCGGACCCAACACAUUACCUGUAAUAUAUGAUCGGGGACUUGUAGGAGUUACUCAUGACUGGUGUGAACCAUUUGAUACGUAUCCAAGAACUUAUGAUCUACUGCAUGCGUUUGGCCUCUUCUCCGAAGAGCAGAAAAGGUGCAACAUCACUAGCAUCUUGCUGGAGAUGGACCGCAUGCUAAGACCUGGUGGGCAUGCUUAUAUUCGUGAUUUGAAAUACAUUAUCAACGACAUUCAACAAAUCGCAGAGGCCAUGGGAUGGCGGACCAAUCUCCGUGAUACAGCCGAAGGCCCAUAUGCGAGCAGGAAGAUUUUGAUGUGCCAGAAACACUGAAACUGAAACAGAUGUGGUUUUGUGAAGAGCUUAUCAUGUACGGCCUGUGGUUUCGAAGUGUUUCUAGCUCUUCUGCGAGUUCCACCGUAUGUUUAUUCCACAGAAUAAGGACCAAAUGCUGGUGGCAGGAGCCAUUGCUGUACACAGGUAAAUUAGGUAACUAAAUGAACAUAUUUUUAUUGAUUAUAUUAGUUUCUGAUCAUUAAGCUCAAUCCAUGGUCAUCGGAAACAUCCUCCUGUAAUCUUGGUCUCCCAAGUUUCCACACUCCUUGCCUAAAUUCUACAAUAGACUGGUUGUUUUCAUGCUUAAAGUAGCGUCCCGUGCCACCUCAAGAUAUAUCAGUUGCUUUUUUUUUUUGUCUUUUUUCUCAAAAGUCUCAAUUAGGAUAAACUCGAGGUGGAUUUAUCUUUGACAAAUAAGAUCAGAUGCUAAUUUUGUUUAA